AGAAAUUAGCUAGCUAAUUAAGAGCUAGUACGUUCAGCAUUAAUGGGGAGCAAGGGGAAGGAGAGGCAGAGAUCACUGAUGAGCUACCACAGAUUGGUUGAGGAUGAAUCUCAGGGGAGAGCACGGAAAGGGCACGUGCCGGUGCUCGUGGGGAGGGGAGAGGAGGUGGAGAGGUUCGCCGUCAACGUCAAGUUCUUCAAUGAUCCGAGCAUGGUGGCUUUGUUGGAGAUGGCUGCCGAUGAGCUCGGAGAUAGCUCGAGGGGUGGAGUUCUGAGGGUUACUUGUGAUGUUGAUCAUUUUAGGAGGGUGGUUAGUGUCAUCUCCAAGUCUAAGUCUAGAUGACUAAAAGAUUAAUGUAAAUUUUUAAUUUUUUUUUGAGGGGUAAUUUGCAGAAAAUCUUCAUCGAUCGUCUAUAUGAUCUUUAGCAGCGUCUAUUCAACUCCAAGAUUGAUAUGUGCUUCUGAUAUGAGGCAGGGGGUUGUAAGCAAUGCGUCAGGUUUUUAGAUUUGAAGUGUAGCUUCAGCUGAGAAAAAGGAUUAAUAUAGAUGUUAGUU